UUGAACCUUUCCCGGGGGUAGGGGGGGAAGGAGAUAAGAGAGACAAGAAAGUUCUUUUAUAUAAGAAAAGAAAAGACAACCGUUCAUUUAGUGGUAUACCCUAGCAACCAUUCACUCAGCUUCAUUGUUUGUAGGCUAGUCAACUCAAGAAAUAGUAAGCGUGGAUUUAAAAAACACAACACGACAAUAGCAACCAAUAGACAUUGGACUAUUUUACUUAUGUGAAUUCAUCAGCUACCAUUGCUUUAACUGGCCCACAAUCAAAGGAGUUCUAAAAUAUAUUUGAUCGCUGGAACUAUCCACCGAUUUAUCAAUUGUGGUUAUCAUGUCUGAGUAUUACUACUUCUACUCGCGACCCGUGAACCUGAUGAAACAGAUGGUUUACUUUUGUCUUCUAGUGAUGCUGUUCCUGUCACUGACUCUCUUCGAUGUCUCCGACUCCUUCCCCGACAACAAGAAAGUGAUAUUUAAAAGGAGAGAGAGACGAACUGUUAAUAAUGGCAGAUUGAUUGCACAGAACCAGAACAACACCCGACCCGUUGAUGUCAGGCUGAACGACAUACUGAAUCAAUUGAACCACCAGGAGUUGCUCCAGUACACCCCCAGAGCUCCAAGUCCAGAGAACGUUAACUGUCAUGUGGAAGUGCCAGUGACCCAGCGUGUGGGCGGCAGGUGCGUUCAGUUGGGCAAUCAAAUGGGCUGUCAGGCUGGUAUCUAUCUUGCUUUUAGCAGCGAAUGUGACAGACGAGGGAGAAGAAUCAUUCCUCGUCAACAGGUACCGGUACGUCGCAAUUGAAACUGCUCAAAUUGAAGACACCCACUGAAAGAUCUACACAUUAUACUAAACAAUGUGUUGAAACUUUAAUUUGGAUUCUUUUUUUUUUUCAUGUUUACACCAAAUUAUGUAGAGUUGAUAGAUCUUAAUGACAUUAGGCACCAUUAACCUGUUACUAAAGGUAGACUAAAAUGGAAUCCUCCCCACUUUUGUUAAUGUUUUGUUUUUGUGCCUCUGAGAAUUAUUUUUAACUCUUUAACUCCGUAAUUAUUUUCCACGUUCUGACAGAAUUGUUCAUUUUUGUCACAUUUGUACAUUCUACCCUGUUAGGAUUAAACUUCAAUAAUAAUAACAACUUUGUUUGUAAUCAGAAAACGUUACUUUUGGUACAGAAUUAUAGGAGAAUGUAUGCUCUUUUUAUAAAACACAAAGUUAAAGUUUAUAAAAUCAAAAAUUCAAUUUAAUGGGGUUAAAUCAACGAUGUUAUCGUUUAUUAGGAGAGAAAGAGUUAAAACCUGGUUUAACUACUUAAACUUUUUCUAUUGAAUGUUUUUGUCUACGCUUUUUAUUCUAUUGAUAUCUAUUCUAAAUUGUGUAUCAGUUUGAUACAAUGAAUGUUAAGCAGUUAGAAACAUGAAAUAGGAUCUAGAGAAUGUUAAAUCUAAAGGGAAAGGUCAUUUCUACUUCUGACUAAAUUAAUAAGAUAGGCAUACAGAAAAUAUCUGAAGAAAGUUGACAUGAAAUUCAACAAGAGAAAAAAAUGGAACGUGAAGCUCAUAGAACAAUCUUACACUCGGAAGUGAGACCAAACCAAAACAUCAGAAUCAAAUUCUCGCCCUUAGAUAACAUACAUAGUGAUGUUUGAGCAUCAUGAUCAGUUGUUACUAGUACGUUGGGAAGGGGAAGUAGGUCUUGGCAUUGAUACCCACAAGGUUUAUUGGUGCAAUUAUCUAAAGCUUCCCUAAACAUGUCCAACAUUGUAGACUUUCCAUGUAACAAAUACAUUAAACAAGAUGUACCCUGAGACAUUAACAGAACUCUACAUUUAUUUAUAUAUUCAUACUUAGAAACUUUAAGAAAAACAAAACUACAGCAUUCACUUUGUUUUAAAUUGGGUCACAAAAUAAUAUAUAAUCAUUAGAAAAUUUUUACAUUUUGCAAUUUUGUUAUUUCUUUUUUUUUUUGUCUGCUGUCCAGACUUAAAUAUAGUUAUAGACUGGUCAAAGUUUAGAUGUUAUCAAUUACGAACUAGAAUAAAACAUUUUUCUUUUCAGAUAUAACCUAUACAAAAAAUAAAGCUUCUACUAGAAUUACAUAUGGAGAUCUAAUUUUAGGCUAUUGUUAAAAUGAUUAACUUAAUUAUAAAAAUCAUCUCUUGAUCUCAGUAGCAUUUGAUUCCCGUUAUGAGACACUGGGCAUGUGAGAGCACAUUAUGUGAGUGACUCAAACCUAAAGCUAUUAAAAUGUAACACUGUUGAGAUGUUUGUCAGAUUUGUUUCCCUGGAAGUCAUAAGUAGCCUAAAUAAAAAAUGAUAGCAAAGACUAGCUCUUUAUUUUUAAUGUACUGAUAGGGAAUAUGGCUCUGUUGUAUUUAAAGUCUUUAAAUGGAAGGCUCCAUAUUUUCGGUAGGGUAAAUAGCAAAUUCACAAAAUCCUGAAGGUCCAUUGUGUUUCAUAUUAACAUGUAUGAAUACCAAUGUCUCAUUUGCCAGUCUAUAUAGUUCUGUCUCAAAUGUCUCAUUAGCCAAUCUAUAUAGUUUAUAGUCUAUAAUAUGUUUGUAAAACAUUAAUUUACAUACUAGUUGAAAAAUUAAAGAAUUAUAUAUUAACACUAGCAUGUUCCAAUAGUCUUACAAAAUAUUAACACCUAAGUAUUUUAUUAAUUAGCUUACCAUGAAUAAUAUGAGUAGUUUUGUUUUGUUUUACAAAUGAGUAAUCCUUUGUACAGACUGCUAUAAAGUUGUUUACAAUGACUUUAAAGUAUAAAUAGCCUACCUCAAGCAUCAUAUGAUUUAUUUAUGUAGGCUUUUACUAUUGACUAUAUUAUGUAUACUCUAUGCCAUCUUUUUGAUAUGACUCAAGUUCUUUGUAUGUAUUUAGACUAAAUAAAUCUGAGAGAUGUGUGGUACACACAUUUGUGUUAUUUAUAUUUUAAAAGCUACCUCACUUUUAUGGCAUGGUUUCAUUUUCUACUUUCUACAAUGUACAAAAUAUUACAAAUCUUCAUGGAAUAGUUCCAAAUAUUUAUUUAUAGGCUAGGCUUUCAAUCUUGAAAUCUGACAUUAACAUUAUUAUGAACAAAGGAUAAUGUAUUGAUUAAUAACAUUUUGUCUUAUUUUAAAGAAUGGUUUUUAUUUUUUUUUUUUUAGGCCAAUAUUAUAGUCUGUGAUUUAUAGAUUAGUUAUCCUAUAGAUUUAGACUUAUUACUUCUGUACAUGUGUAUAUAUUUAUCUAUCUAUCUAGCAAUAAAAUAGUUUGAAACUACAA